AUGUCCGAAGAUAAUAAUACUGGUAGUGGUAAUGAAGAAUCCCAAACGGGAUAUGUUGAUAUUUAUUUAAGAUUUAAUGAUGAUAUGGAAAAAGAUUAUUGUUUUCAAAUAAAGACAACAACAACUUUUAGGGAUUUAUUUAGAAUUUUUAAUGAAUUACCAAUUUCACUUCGUCCAAGUGUAUUUUAUAGUGUUAAACCAAUUGGAUUUAAGAAAUCUAUAUCACCAGGAUAUCUUACUGAAGAUGGUAAUUUCUUAUUUGAUUAUGAUUCUCAAAAUCAAACAGUUCCAAUUAAAGAUUUCGAUGAAUUAAUUAAUAAUAAUGUUUGGCCAGGUCAAUUAAUUAUACCAGAAUGGAAAUUUAAUGAUUUUGGAUUUUAUAGUUUUGUUACAUUUUUAAUUUGUUGGCUUUAUACUGAUUUACCUGAUUUUAUAAGUCCAACCCCAGGACUUUGUCUUACAAAUCAAGUAACUAAUCUUUUCGGAUAUUUAGCUUCUAGAUUUGGUUAUGGUCAUAUUGCUGAUUUAUUAUUAGAAGAUGUUUCAAGUCCAGUAUCAGUUACUGGGCAAAUCUUUUUCUUUGUAUUUCAUUUAAUGAAAAUUGGAAUUAUAUUUGGAUUAUUUUAUUCUGGUGCUGUUAAUCCAUAUACUAUUUUCACCCUUGGAAGAAAUGUUCAAAAAGAUAUUACUAAGGAACAAUUACUUGAAUUAGGUUGGACUGGUACUAAAAAAGCUACAAUUGAUGAAUAUAAAGAUUAUUAUCGUGAUUAUAAGACUGAUGAAUAUGGUGGUAUGGUUCCAGCUCAUCGUGCUGGAUUAUUUAAUACUAUGAAACAUUUAGGUUGUGAAUUAGAACAAGGUGAAGGUUAUAAUACUCCAUUAACUAAAGAAAAUAUGAUUGUUACAUUUGAUGAAUUAUUAGAACAAUCAAAACAACCAAAUUUUAAAUUAAAAUUAUGUUAUGAUUAUUUUGCUGAAUUAGGUCUUGUAUUUGCUACUAAUGUUGAAAAUAAACAAUCUUCAGAAUUACCUGAAUUCAUUAAACAAUAUAGAAGAUAUGGAUUAUUAAUUUCUAAUGAUAAAUUGAAACAAAUUGUCAAAGCAAGAAAGGGACUUCCAGAACCUGAACCUGAACUUGAAUCUAAGCAAGAAGUGGAAAAGGUAGAAGAAAUUGUUGAUGAAAAGAAGAAUGAUGAAGAUGAUGAAGAGUAG